UGUUACCCAAUUAAUAUCUUUUUUAUUUGCUGUUAUUGCAGUCUCUAUCUCAUCUCUUUUUCUCUGGUUUUCCUUCUGUCUCCAGCUUCGCAGUGAUUUAAGUGUGUAUGCUUGUUCGAUGAUGGCUUGUCGCAUGGGAGGGAUUCGAUUGCAGUCAGGUUUAGUGAUACCAGAGUGUGAUGUCUCUGAAGGCCCUUGUAUAAUGCAUGCUACUCGUCGAAAUCAGAGGAGGAAAAAUGAACCAAGUACCAGUGGACAAGCUUCAAGAACUGGGAUAAAGUUUACUUCAUUUUCGGAAAGGAGUUUUCAGACAAGAAGAAGCAGUUGGAAAAUAGGACUCGCCUUGGACACAGGUGGGAUAUCUGGUAAUGGGGGACAAGAGAGCCUUAAUGGCGACACUCCUGGUCUUGGUGGCACCAGAUUGGGUCGGAUCGUGAGUGCUGGGGGCAGACAGCUAUUGGAGAAACUCAACAUGGCAAGAAAGAACUUCCCCAUGAAGGUAUUUCUCCUUCUAUUGGGUUUCUACACAGCAAAUGCGCUCGCUACAAUCCUUGGUCAGACAGGUGACUGGGAUGUACUAGUUGCUGGUGUUGUGGUUGCUGCCAUUGAAGGUAUAGGUAUGCUUAUGUACAGAAAGCGCCCUUCCUCAUCAACAUCAAACGGGAGGUUGAAGUCUUUUGUUGUUUUUAUGAACUACUGGAAAGCAGGCGUGUGCUUAGGCCUCUUUGUUGACGCUUUCAAGUUAGGAAGCUAAUUUGUUUAAAUAUUUAUGUAUGCGCUCUAGCUGGGGUCCCUGCUGUGUAGCCUAAUUUGAAAUAGUUUACUCAAACUAGGUACAAUGUAAAAUAACCCUUUUUCAAAUGCAGUUUAUCAAGUGAUCCACGUGAAGUUAGCCA